AGGAGCGACUGAGGAAGAGUUGCGAAGCAAUGAUGUCAUAGUUUCAAGUAUGUGCCAUGGGAGAGCAUAUGGUUCGUACCCGCUGCCGAGCGGUAGGGUUGCUUUGUUAUGAACAGGCGGCGCUGUAGCUGGCGGAAGAGGAGGUCGCCCAGCCCAGUAUCUCUUCGCCUGGAACACAGAAGCCGAGGGGGAGACAAGAAAACGGGAGGAGAAAAGACGAAAUUGGCUGGAGGAGAAAGAAAAAGCUACGAUAAUGGCCGCUAAAUCUGAUGGGGUAUUGAAAAUUAGAAAGAGCGAUGUAGCGUUCACGCCUUUGCAGAAUUCGGACCACUCAGGCUCAGUACAAGGACUCGUUCCAGGAUCGCAGCCGGAUUCGGGAACCGGGGAUGGGGAAUUCGUGAAUGGGGAAUCGCGGUGCUGUGGUUCUAAUUCGACAUGUCUUCGCCUUGGCAGAGAGCAGCAAACAAAAUACACGAUAUGGGACUGUCUAUGGAUUCUCGCUGCAGUGGUUGUGUAUUUCGCCGAUGUAGGCACCGACAUUUGGCUUUCUGUCGACUAUUACCUCCGUCGCGACUACUGGUGGUUCGGGCUCACGCUAUUUUUUGUUGUGCUCGGGUCGUUCUCCGUCCAAGUCUUUAGUUUUCGGUGGUUCGUCCACGAUUUCAGCACCGACGAGGGCUCCAAUGCCGCCGGUGCGGCAAACUGCUCAUCCCACAUGGACGGGAAGCUGCUGAGCGGUUCGGCUUCUCAUGGAGAUGUGGGCGCCCAACCGUCCACACCUCAAAGACAGGCGUCCACCGCGAGCAAGAGCAACACCACAACCAACAGCAACAGCAGCACGGCAACCCCGACUAAUAAGAAAAGGUCGGCGUCCUGUUCAGUAUUCAUAUGGUCUGCGCAAUCCGUCACCCACAUCUUGCAGCUUGGACAGAUAUGGAGGUAUUUCCACGCCAUCUACCUAGGCAUCCGGAGCCGGCGCAGUGGGGACCAUGACCGCUGGAGGUUCUACUGGAGGAUGGUGUAUGAGUUUGCUGACGUCAGCAUGCUGCACCUCCUGGCCACCUUCCUGGAGAGCGCUCCUCAGCUGGUCCUGCAGCUCUGCAUCAUCAUCCAGACGCACAAACUGCAGGCCGUCCAAGGAAUGACAGCGGCUGCCUCCCUGGUGUCUCUGGCCUGGGCCUUGGCAUCCUAUCAGAAAGCCCUACGAGACUCCCGGGAUGAUAAGAAGCCAAUCAGCUACCUGGCCGUCAUCAUCCAGUUCUGCUGGCACUUCUUCACCAUUGCCGCCCGGGUCAUCACCUUCGCCCUGUUCGCCUCCGUGUUCCAGCUCUACUUUGGUAUCUUCAUCGUCCUCCACUGGUGCAUUAUGACCUUCUGGAUAGUCCACUGUGAGACCGAGUUCUGCAUCACCAAGUGGGAGGAGAUUGUCUUCGACAUGGUCGUGGGGAUCAUCUACAUCUUCAGUUGGUUUAAUGUGAAGGAGGGUCGUACUCGGUGUCGGCUCUUCAUCUACUACUUUGUGAUCCUGCUGGAGAACACUGCUCUGAGUGCCCUGUGGUACCUGUACCGCGUCCCUCAGAGCACCGAUGCCUUCGCGGUCCCCGCCCUCUGUGUCAUCUUCAGCAGCUUCCUCACCGGCAUCGUCUUCAUGCUCAUGUACUACGCCUUCUUUCACCCCAACGGGCCCCGAUUCGGACGCUCACCCAGCCUCGUGCUGGACGACCCCACGGCUGCCUUCACGCUGCCCGCUGAGGGGGCCACCAACUCGUUGAGGUCCAACCGUGGUGUGCCUCUUAUCUCGGGGGAUGGCACCAUUGGCAGGGACAGCAAAUACACAGAGAGGGACGGCUGCAUGCCCGUGUUUCAGGUGAGACCCACCGCCCCCUCCACGCCGUCCUCCCGUGCCCCACGCAUCGAUGAGACAGUCAUCAAAAUAGACCUGUGUCGGAACCGCUAUCCGGCCUGGGAGAGGCACGUAUUGGACAGGAGUAUACGCAAGGCCAUCCUGGCCAUCGACUGCUCCCCUACGCCGCCCAGACUCCAGUACAAAGAUGACACUACAGUUCAGGAGCGCCUGGAGUAUGAGACCACGUUGUAGCCCUACACUGCUGCCUGGAUGUUGGAUGCUUGGAUGUUGGAUCCUUGGAAAUGCAAAACCGUAACAAAGGAUGACCAUCAACUUGGAUUUACAGCAGGACUGUGGCAAUAAUAAGUUAUUAGCUGUCUCUCACUCUAGAUACUAGCAUUGAACCAUGAUGUUGAUUGUCAUGGGCAAGAAUAGACACAAUUUAUUAGUUGAUGUGACGGAGGGAUAUAUUCAUGUUUUCUAAACAGAGUUCCUCUUUUUGGGUUUAUUUGGUUGAUGUUGAUGUUGUUGUUAUUGUAUUUUUUAUUUAUUUUACUUAUGUCCGUCAGGGAAUCUCUUAUUUGAUAAAAGGCCAUUGCGCACACACACACACACACACACACAAAAAAUGUAUCCCAAUAGUCUAUCAGAAUAAAAGCAGUGUUCUAAUGAAUGAUAUCAUGCCCUUUCAUAACAGAUCCUUAUGAAGGUUCGUAACAGGAUACAUACAACAGGUUAUUAAUGUUUACCUAUGAUAUCUCAUAUUUACAUUAAUUUCUAUUACCAACAUCUUAGACCUGCAAAUAUGUACUUUACAUUUAUAGGAUACAAGUAAUAUCCCCUGAUAUAGUGGACGUGUUGAUUAACAAAAAUAAGAAUAAAAAGGUCAGUUAAUGGUCCUGAUUCAUAUUUAGGAUGGUUCUAGUUAUUUCUAAUUCAAAGUAAACAGGUGACAAAGUAGUACACGCAUAGUCCGUGAUGUAAUUAGCGACAUGAGUAGGGCGUUGUGUCUGUCAUACUUUACAUGUGUACUGGCCCAUGACUUCUGAUCUGAUUUCAUCAGCCAUGUUGUCCUAGUGCCAAAAGGUCUGAAACUACUGGAUUUUGUGGCUGUGACUGCCAGUAACUGGAUAUUAGUAGAUUCAGGCAGGGCAGAACUGCUAUUUACUUUGAAGAAGCUUAGUACUGUACCUGGUAAUCAUGCUGUUUAUAUGCUAAAUAAAACCGGAAUGUUCGUGUAUUGUGGAGAGACUGAAGGACAAACCUCAUCUUUGUUCUCGCCUGGAUAAAAGGCGGCAUGCCAAGAAAACCUUCCUGGCAGCUCCUAUUUACAGUCCAGCCUCGUCCAGCUGUGGUCUGGGCUGCCAUGCGUCCAUACGGCUGAUAAGGAUCAGUCUGCUGGGCCACAUAGUGCUGUUCUGUACGGAGAGGAGGAGAGGAUAAGAGACAAACGAGCAGCCACUUCAGCCAAACUACUCUCAUAACUGAAGCACCUGCAGGAUCUACUGUCGUCAUAGAUGCCGCAUUCUUUUUUACAUUUUACCUAACUGAUGUAAAAGUGUAUUGCCAUCCGUGUGUGUGGGAGGACGUGUGUGUGUGUGUGUGUGUGUGUGUGUGUAUGCGUGCGCGCUCAUGCGUGCUUGUAAGAGAGGAAAAGCAUGGCGCAGGAUGGUAUGUGUAGAUGCUACAAUCAGUGGUCAGUUUGUCUGCAGCUCUAUAUUGUAGUGCAAUGAACUAGAGACAUGCACUUCAGCACUAUGGUGUGAAAGGCUGCUGUAGCCUAUACUCAACACAAGAUCAGUACCAAUUCUAGGGUGUAUACCACUAUCAUUGUAGCUGUCAACAUCCAACGUCAAUGGUGUCAAGAUGGUCUUUUGAGCAGGAAACAACAAGUAUUUCACCUUUUAUGCUCUGACUUAAGCCCCAGGCACUAUGACUGUGGAUGUGAUAUCUAAAAAUAUCUUCAAAUAUCUUGCAAAGGUGUCUUCACAAAAAAGAAAGUGUGUAGCUUCUCUUUCAGUUCUAGGUCACAAGCGCUUCUUUUUUUAUGUCUUGUUCGUUUGAACUAUGGAGAGAAGAGGGUGACAAGGAGGAGGGGAAAAAACAAGCACAAAACUUCUGUGGAAUUAAUCAGAGCACAUUGAGGGAAGGAAACCAUGAUAUUCAAUGUGAGAGUGAGAAAGGGCCAUUGAUCAGUCCAGAAAGAUGUGCCUGUUGUUUUCGACUAGAGCUAGAUUUGAAAUCUCCACUGAAUGGCUCAGAUUUAUUUUUGUUGAAUUGUUUUUGUUGAAAUGUCUUAUUUGAAUUAUUCAUAUCCGUUCGAAUGUGGGAAAUUCUUGGUUUAAUUUGCUUUCACAUCAUUUGCCUUGUUGUUGCGACAUCACACAAAUUGUCUUAGUUAAGUCUGUUCCCUUCUGUUCUGUGGCAUGUUUUACUCAACUCCAUUAAAUAUUCAGAAGUGAAUGCCGCUACACAUUCAAGAAACUCUCUAAAAAGUUUUUGGGGGUAAUACAUGCAGAAGCACUGGGUAAAAUCAUGUCCACAGCUCUUCUUCUGAGAGUUGAAUUCAGUGUGGAUGAGCAUAAAUGGUGCAACAUGUUUUAUUACAACUUAUCUUUUUCAGUUUCUCUCAUUAACCCAGGGCUGUCAUAUGGAUCCGGCCCGCGAGCCCCUUCAAUCCGGGCCUGUUUGAGUGUUUUUUUAUUUAUUUUUAUUAAUAACAUUUUUUGAAUUAUUUCUGAGGAAAAACAAUCUCAAUCGACAUAGAAAUGGCAACAACAACAACAAAUAUGAAACUGUAGAAAUGAUAAUGGACUUACAUUUAUAGUCUCUUUAUGCUGCUCUACACUGAAUUCAACUCCAAGAAAACAGAGCUGUGGACAUGAUUUUACCCAGUGCUUCUGCAUGUAUUACCAAAAAGAAAGUUUUUUAGAGAGUCUCUUGAACAUGUAGCGGCAUUCACUUCUGAAUAUUUAAUGGAGUUGAGUAAAACAUGCCACAGAUCAGCCACCGAAAAGCUAGACAGUCAGGAAGCAUAAAAUAUUCCAAAAGCGAUGGAUAGACGGCAAUUUUCAGCAAACUUUGACGGUGAGGAAAUAUAACCAAUUUUAAGUGUGGCUCUCCGGACCUUGGUGAAGACUGAAUGCAGCCUGUGGGGCAAAAUGAGUUUAACACCCCUGCAUUAACCUGUCUGUGUUUUAAGCUUAAUUUUUUAAAAAGCAGAUUUUUAUUUAUUUACAAUGAAGACAGAAACCAAAUGGCACAGGGGGAAAUCAAGAAAGCACAGGCUUAGAAAUGAGCAAAUUAUCGUGAAUGGCACAACACUGGUGCUUUUGUUCUAUUUUAUCUUGGGAUCUCUUAUUUAGGUCUGCUAUUGAUGAUACACUUAAGAGGUCAAAUGAAUUGCUCAUCAUUAACUAGUGAAUCAUUGAAGGUCACUUGGCCUGGUUCCAUCUCCUCAUCAAUAAAACAUGUAGUAAAUUAUUCUCUCAAUGUCACCUUGCACGUCUUUAGCUUGUGUUGCUUUCCUUUAGUCAAUCUGAUCCAUGUUAACAUGAGAUUUUAUCACGUUUUGUUCAUAUUCCAUUAUUUGCUUUCAACUGCUAUUUUCAUUUUCAGUGGGAGUCCCAGUGGUUAUGAUUUAUUGGGGUCACGGCCACAAAUAGACAACGCGAGUCUUGUUUUUCAGAAUAGUGGUGUGUCUGACUGUGUCCUCACACAGUGAUAUCCACAUAGGUUUCCUCAGUAUUCAUGUACAUUGCAUUGCGAAAAAUGUACAGAUACAACAACUGCUGUCAGUCCCAUCCAAAUGAACACCCACUGGACGCACCCAGUACACCACCUCUACAGUGGCUUGCCAAAGUAUUCAUCCCCCUUGGCAUUUUUCCUAUUUUGUUGCCUUACAACCUGGAAUUAAAAUAGUUUUUUGGGACGUUUGUAUCAUUUGAUUUACACAACAUGCCUACCACUUUGACGAUGCAAAAUAUGUUUAUUGUGAAACAAACAAAUAAAACAGAAAACUUGAGUGUGCAUAACUAUUGCAGCAAUUACAGGUGCAAGUCUCUUGGGGUAUGUCUCUAUACAUUUGGCACAUCUAGCUACUGAGAUUUUUUUUUGCCCAUUCUUCAAGGAAAACUACUCCAGCUCCUUCAAGUUGGAUGUAUUCUGCUGGUGUACAGCAAUCUUUAAGUCAUACAACAGAUUCUCAAUUGGAUUGAGGACUGGGCUUUGACUAGGCCAUUCCAAGACAGUUAAAUGUUUCUCCUUAAACCACUCGAGUGUUGCUUUAGCAGUAUGCUUAGGGUCAUUGUCCUGCUGGAAGGUGAACCUCUGUCCCAGUCUCAAAUCUCUGGAAGACUGAAACAGGUUUCCCUGAAGAAUUUCCCUGUAUUUAGCGCCAUCCAUCAUUCCUUCAAUUCUGAGAAGUUUCCCAGUCCCUGCUGAUGAAAAACAUCCCACAGCAUGAUACUGCCACCACCAUGUUUCACUGUGGGGAUGGUGUUCUCAGAGUGAUGAGAGGUGUUGUGUUUGCGCCAGACAUUGCGUUUUCCUUGAUGGCCAAAAUGCUAAAUUUUAGUCUCAUCUGACCAGAUUAGCUUCUUCCAUAUGUUUGGGGAGUCUCCCACAUGCCUUUUGACGAACACCAAACUGUGUUUGCUUAUUUGUGUCUUUAAGCAAUGGCUUUUUUUCUGGCCACACUUCCGUAAAGUCCAGCUCUGUGGAGUGUACAGCUUAAAGUCGUCCUAUGGAUAAAUACUCCAAUCUCCGCUGUGGAGCUUUGCAAUUCCUUCAGGGUUAUCUUUGGUCUUUGUUGCCUCUCUGAUUAAUGCCCUCCUUGCCUGGUCUGUGAGUUCUGGUGUGCGGCCCUCUCUUGGCAGGUUUGUUUUGGUGCCAUAUUCUUUCCAUUUUUUAAUAAUGGAUUUAAUGGUGCUCCGUGAGAUGUUCAAAGUUUCAGAUAUUUAUUUUCUAACCCAACCCUGAUCUGUACUUCACCCCCACUUUCUCUGACCUGUUUGGAGAGCUCCUUGGUCUUCAUGGUACCCCUUGCUUAGUGGUGUUGCAGACUCUGAGGCCUUUCAGAAUAGGUGUGUGUAUAUAUACUGAGAUCAUGUGACACUUAGAUUGCACACAGGUGGACUUUAUUUAUCUAAUUAUGUGAACAAAGGGGGUGAAUAUAUACACACACCACUUUUCUGGUUUUUUUUUAUAUUUUAUCAUUUUUUUAAACAAGUAAUAUUUUUCUUUUCACUUCACCAAUUUGGUCUAUUUUGUGUAUGUCCAUUACAUAAAAUCCAAAUAAAAAUCCAUUUAAAUUACAGGUUGUAAUAUAACAAAAUAGGAAAAAUGCCAAGAGGGAUGAAUACACUGGCACUGUAAAAAUACGAGACUUGUGCGAGACUUACAAUCUAGCCAAUGUUCUACGAUUUCUAUCUUUAGAAAAAAGUAGUGUUGAGCUUAGGGUCAAAUAUGAAUAUGUGUCAGUCACUUUUAUAGGGCAGAGGGUCAGGAAAGGUCAAAAGAGUCAUUAUUAGUACAUCAAAAAUACAUUCCCUGUUGUCACAACGGAGUGGGAAAAUCUCCUUUGGUCUUGUGGGUGAUAAUGAUGAAAUUAUUAUUACACCAUCUGUAAAACCCAUCUAUACAGAAACACUUUUCAGGAAGGCGUAUUAUUCUUUAAUAAAAAUAAAUAAAUAAAUAAAUGUUUUAGCACAUCCAGGGAUUAAUCUCAGACUACCAUUGUUCAUCAUCAUCAUCUCUGAAAAAGUGUGUAAAUUGUACAUAUACCUACCUCAACUUGGUUUCUGAACAGAAUACCCUCCUCUGACAUCAUUGAUACAUGAUACUGUACUGCUGAUCUUCUUACCAAGAGCAUAAAUCCAAAUGUGAAACAAAUGAUAAGAUGUUCAGUGUUUUGAUGGUGGAUGGUAUUCUGUUCACCACUGUAAGUGCAUCAGCAAGCAGACUGAGACAACAGGAAAAUGCACUUGUCAACAAACCCGCUUCAUUGUUUAAGAGGAAUUCAUGGUUGUGACUAUUUAAGCUGCUUAGGCCUAUAUCUGUUUCAUUUGCCUUAAGACAAUAUUUCUAUGCUUUUGUUUAAUUUAUUUCAAUCUCAUAAGGAUUUGUUUUUGUCCUCUGGUUUUGUGGUUAUGAUGAUCAAAGUGGUGUGAGGUCUCUAGGUUUAUCAAAGUUCUCUGUUCACGACCCAAUAGCAAUGUGUUUCUAUACAGUUACUGUGCUUAUACUAUUAUAUAAAUAUCCACAAUGCAAGAUAGACCUAUUAAACUCACAGUUUAAAUGAGAACCCUUGACCCAGGAAAUGGAAUUGUCCUUCUUGUCGUAGGUCAUACUGAAGACUUCUAACAAAAGGAGCUACUAAUAUUAUGUAUUGACUUGGAUGCAUUAUUGGGGAUUGAGUUUUGUUCUGAGGUAUUCAUCAACAUUAGAUACUAGUAAUGUAGACAAAUAGCAGUGAUGUAUUGUAUCAUACUAUUCCAGCCCUACUGUAGCCAAUAUAACAUUAGUACAAGCACAGUAACAAAUGAACAUAGGAAUGUCAUUCCAUUUUGUUAACUUCUUACGCAUAGUGUACAGAUGUCCUUAGUGUCUCAGUUGCAAAUGGAAGAUCACAAUAGUAAUUGAAAAACAAAACUAUAUAACUGUAAAUAAAUGUAUGCAAAUGUACAUGUUAAAAGAACAUUCCUCUCAGAGUCCUGAUUGUGAAGGGUGUCUGUGGAAUGGAGGUCGCCGCCACAAGAUGGCAGUUACAUAUGAUGUAAUACAGAUUAAAAUAGUGUGGUGUAUGUGAUGUAUUAAAUGACAAAAAUGCAAAAAAAACUCAAAAACUGUUAAUUAUUGGUAUUUUAAGUAAGUUGCAUUGUGUAAUGAAAGUCUGAAGUGCUUGAACUGCAUUCAAUCAGAAUUAAACUAAUGUUAUUAUAAAUUGAACAGUAAAAAAACAGAACAUGACAUUUUUGUAUAUAUUGAAUUUUUGUACAUUUUUAUUUGAUUCUAAUGCAACACAAAGUACCAAAAUUAAUUUAAUAAAGUACACUGUGGCCAUUU